CUUGAAAGCGCUUAGUGAUGCAGAUGACAUGAUGUGAAACAACAACAAUGAACAUGAAAUAUUGACAAUUCUUUGGUACUUUGACAUGUCUUCUUAAUAGUUGAAUAAAUUGGAGUGAUGGCAUCUGGAGACAAGAACCCUCAGCUGCCUCGUGGCCUAAUCGGCAGGACUGGGACUCCAAGUGGAAAGGGAGCCAGAUUACCGUCUAUACGAGGACCUAGGGACCUGACUCUUGGAGGUGUGCAAAAGAAGGUUUUCACCCCAACUAUUCCAGUCAGAAGAGCAAAACAAGAACCAAGUGCAUCUGCAGAUCAACCAGGCAGCUCUUCGAACAGUGACAAUAAGGAGAAGAAAGGGCACCACCCUCGUGACUGGGGUGGUCGAGGAGGUCCUGGGGGGCGUGGUGGUAGGGGGCGUGGUAGGGGUAGGAACAAUGCCAAUGUGAUACAAACUCAUUCAUUGUUUGAGCAGGGACCAACAGAGAAAUUACAUAAACCAACAGGUGGUUCAGAGUACAGUUAUUCUGGAGGUGGAGGGGGUGGUCAUGGCGGCACUAGCUCAAGUCCCAGGAAAUCCUUCAAGCAGGAGAAGACUGAUGAAGAAACUAAAGAAGUCCUUGAUCAGCUACUGAGAGAUGAUUUUAUAUCUGGACCUGGCCUUGAUGAGGAGGAUAUAACCCUGAUGCCAGUAAAACUGCCUUUGGAGGUGAAGGCAGAGAGGAGCCUCAAAUCUGGACCAGAGCCAGCAGUCAAGGAGGAGCCAAUGGAUGAGGGGGAGGACAAAGCAGACGUGGCCAGUGAUCUCAUGUCCGGCAAGGCCAACAUAUUCAGACACUCACCCACACUGUCUUCGACUUGUGGAGAACUGUUCACAAAUCAAGGGAAAUCAGAUGAGGGCCAGCUAUUGUACAUCCAACUGCCAGACAGCCUGCCUGGCCUGCCACUCUCCACAGAGGAAGACUUCCAGAAGAAGAAAACAGAUCAGGAGGCUGACAAACAGGACAAACACCUUUCUGACAAGAUGAAAGGUUGUAACCUUGACAACUUUAAUGAGGGUUUGAUUGGUAAACUAAUAGUGCGUAAAUCUGGUCGGGUGCAGCUUAAGCUGGGUAACACCUGCCUGGAUGUAAACAUGGGUACUCCAUGUGGAUUUUUACAGGAUGUGGCAAGUGUACGUGUAGAGGGAAACAAGGGUGACAUCUCCAUUCUCGGCCAUGUUGAUCAUAGACUUGUGUGUACACCAGACUUUGAAACCAUGCUAGAUGUCUCCUAGCAGUGGCAGUACAAGUGCAUGAUACAGCUAGUGUGUGUAUCAGGAAGCAAUCUACUGAAGAACUCAUUGUUGUUGAAUAAUCAUACAAAAAGAGUCACUCAUUAUCUGAUGAGUUGAAUGGGAAGUCUGUGCCGUUUUGUAAGUGACAAGAUGUUACUUUAUGAUUUGGACAUAAAUAUACAUGUUGGUGUGUUCUUGCUGGAUAGUUUCUCAUGUUUCAUGGAAUUUUCAGAAUAAUUCCAGGUUCAAGGAAUUUUCAGAAUAAUUUUGUUAAGUUUUGAAAUAAAAUUAAUCUCAACUAA